GCCGCGCGGUGUCGCUGCCGCCCCCGCCGCCCGCCCCGCGCCCCGCGCCGGCCCCGCCGCGCGAUGGAGGCGCCCCCGGUGAGCAUGAUGCCCGUGUCGGGCGGCACCAUCAACAUGAUGGAGUACCUGCUGCAGGGAAGCGUUUUGGACCAGAGCCUGGAGAGCCUGCUGCACCGCCUGCGCGGCCUGUGCGACAACAUGGAGCCCGAGACGUUCCUGGACCACGAGCUGGUGUUCCUGCUGAAGGGGCAGCAGGCCAGCCCCUUCGUGCUGCGGGCGCGGCGGGCCAUGGACAAGAGCGGGAUGCCCUGGCACCUGAGGUACCUGGGCCAGCCCGAGAUCGGCGACAAGAACCGGCACGCGCUGGUCCGGAACUGCGUGGACAUCGCGACUUCGGACAACCUGACGGACUUCCUGGUGGAGAUGGGCUUCCGCAUGGACCACGAGUUCGUGGCCAAGGGGCACGUGUUCCGCAAGGGCAUCAUGAAGAUCGUGGUCUACAAGAUCUUCCGCAUCCUGAUGCCCGGGAACACGGAGAGCAUCGAGCCGCUCUCCCUCUCCUACCUGGUGGAGCUCAAUGUGGUAGCCCCAGCGGGGCAGGACGUCGUUUCCGAGGACAUGAGGAACUUUGCUGAGCAGCUGAAGCCUCUGGUGCACCUGGAAAAAAUUGACCCCAAAAGGCUGAUGUGAUUGGAAAAGCUUGGGCAGCUCAGACAUCGGUUUUGUUAGAGGAUGUUGUUCCAAAAUGCAGAUUGAGGGGAAUCAGAGCAGGGAGAGGGGAAUAAAGGGCUGCGUAUCACUGCUCUGUCAACUGCAGUUGCUGUGUGUUUUUGCCUUUGCUUGUGGAUGUAAACAAAAGUGAACACUUCCUUAAAUUAAUGCCAUUCAAAACAUCAAUAAAAGCUCAUACUUUUAAGUUUC